AUGCCUAAGUUUUACUGCGAAUACUGCAGUAUUUACUUAACUCACAGUUCUCCUGCUGGAAGGAAGCAGCAUUCUCAGGGGCGUAAACAUAUUAAUGCCAAGGUCGACUAUUAUCAGAAGCUUGUUCGUGAGCGCUUCUUUCAGCCUCCUCCCUUCGCCAACCCUCAGAUGCCUCUUUUUCCUGGCUUUCCUAUGAUGGGUUUAAUGCCUGGGUUUCCUGGCUUUCAACCUGGUAUGGUUCCUUCAAUGGACGGCAAUCCUCCUUUCAUUCCACCUCAAGGCUUGCCUCCUAUGGCUGGACCCGUUCCUCCCAUGCCCAUGCCCGGGAGUCUUCCUGGCCCUAUGCCUGGGCCCUUGCCCAUUCCCCUUCCUGGGUCCAUUCCCGGCGUCCCUGUCAUUCCUUCUGAGAUGCCCAAUGGUACCCCCGAGCUCAAUACAACAAACCCAGCUUUACUUCAUUCCAAUAAACCUCUUCCCAUCUAG